UUCGACCUCAUUCCGAGUCCGUUCGUUUCCUCAGAUUCUUCCCUUGACGUCUUCUUGAAAUCCUCUAUGCCAUCAUCACUCACUGCAUCCCAAGAGGAGCUCAAGGCGGCCAAGGUGCCUUUGGCUUGGAGAGAUCAGUGCUCAGCACUCUUGAUACCUUUGAAUACCUGUCGGAGAGAAAACUAUUAUUUACCUUGGACUUGCGAGAAUGAGCGCCACGGCUAUGAGAAGUGCCAAUACGAUGACAUGAUGCGGAGGAUGAAGAAAAUGUCAAAACUGGAACUCCAGCAGGCAGAGUAGACUGCAGAAGCUACCGAAGCUAUCAUCUAGAAGACUUUCUUAAGAACGCUUCAUGUCAAUCGAUGUCGAGACGUCAAACAAUGC